AUGAAUGCGCGGUCGGCGCUGGACGAGGUCACCGACACGGGCGCCUUCGGCCGGUCGCCAUCCACCUUCCGGAGCUCCGUUUCCAGGGACAGGCGGUUCCCUGCCGUGGCGGGGCGGUACCACCUCUACGUCUCGUACGCGUGCCCCUGGGCGUCCCGGUGCCUCGCCUUCCUCAAGCUCAAGGGCCUCGACCAUGCCAUCGGCGUCACGGUCGUGAAGCCCAUCUUCGAGCGGACCAAGGAGAGCGACGAGCAUCUGGGCUGGGUGUUCCCCGCCGCCGAUGACGAGGAGCCCGGCGCCGAGCCCGACCUUCUCAACGGCGCCCGGAGCGUGAGGGAGCUCUACGAGAUCGCCCGCUCCAACUACGCCGGGAAGCCAACCGUCCCCGUGCCGUGGGACAAGCAGCUGAAGACGGUGGUGAACAACGAGAGCUCCGAGAUCAUCCGGAUGCUCAACGACGAGUUCAACGGCAUCACCAGGAACCCCGGGCUGGACCUCUACCCGGCCCACCUCCGGGCCUCCAUCGACGAGGCCAACGAGCUGGUCUAUGACGCCAUCAACAACGACGUCUACAAGUGUGGCUUCGCCAAGAAGAAGGACGACCGCGUGCUUGUGCCGGAUUUGGGGUCGCUCACCAGCAUCCAUGACAGGGCGCGUGAACUCUUCUACUACCUCAAGGGUGGGCAGGUGGACUAUGGCGAGGAGCACAGCAAGGCUUGCAGCCACAACAGGUUUGGGAGAAUAUAUCACACAGGGCACUAUCCUAUUUGUUACGAGCACAACCCAGUGCAUUUUGUGGGGCACUCUGCUGGCGCGCAGGUUGUGAGGGUGCUGCAACAGAUGCUUGCCGACAAGACUGCCCCCGCCUACGAAUCCCACCCGCCGCCCUGCCUCACCCGCCGUGAAACCAGCCACAACAGCCACCUCCCCCGCGACGAAUCCCGCCCGCGCCUCCCCCGCCGUCAUCCCCGCCGCGACAGCCACCCGCGAAUCACCCGCCGCGGCUCCAUCUCCGCGAACCGCCCGCCCGCCUCCCCCGCCGCCAUCCCCGCCGCGACAGCCACGGCCCAGCGAAUCGGAGAGACACAAACUAUUCUUGGACUCCUUAGUGUCGUUCUCCAUUCUACUCCUGAUCGUGAUAACUAUUGGAAGAUGAUGCACAAGUACAUAGGUUCAGAUGUUACAUCACUUGUGACACUUCCAGUCAUAAUUUUUGAGCCAAUGACAAUGCUUCAGAAAAUGGCUGAGUUGAUGGAAUACUGUGAGUUGUUAGACAAAGCAGAAGAAUGUGAGGAUCCAUACAUGCGUAUGGUUUAUGCUUCUACAUGGGCUGUUUCGGUAUACUUCGCAUAUCAGCGCACAUGGAAGCCUUUUAAUCCGAUCCUUGGAGAGACUUAUGAGAUGGUUAACCACCAGGGCAUUACAUUUCUUGCCGAAUUAUCUUGA